UCUUUUCUAUCUCAUUUUCCCUCCACUAUAAAAACCUCAACGCUCUCCCUCUUUAGAUCCAAAAAAGAAAAAAAAGAGUAAAUUUUUCAGGGCUAAGAAAGAGAAAAAAAUGGCUUUGCAAAAGGCUAAGGACAUCAUAUCUACCAAUACCGUCGUCGUUUUCAGCAAGUCCUACUGUCCGUUCUGUGUGGAUGUAAAGCAAUUGCUUCAAAAACUUGGAGCUUCUUUCAAGGUCAUUGAGCUCGACAAAGAAAGUGAUGGAGCUGAUAUUCAAGCAGCUCUGGCUGAGUGGACCGGUCAGCGAACUGUGCCAAACGUUUUCAUUGGUGGGAAUCACAUUGGUGGCUGUGAUUCUACAACAGGCUUGCACAACCAAGGUAAGCUGGUUCCUCUGCUGACUGAAGCUGGAGCUUUUACAAAAUCAUCUGUUUAGAAUAGAGUUAAGCUGCUUGUCUCCCCUAAAAUUAAUAAACGAAUACCAAGUUUGAUUUCAUGUUGAUUCUGUCCUUUAAGUUGAAUCCAUAGUAUAGCAUAUAGAUAUCGAACUGAAUUGCUGUUGAAGAACUUCCUAGUAAUAUUUUCAUGUUCAAAGUUUCUUUUUACAGAAA